CAGGAACAGGAGACGCCACUGCAGCUGCCACAGAGCCACUGCUCUUUGUCCUUGUAAUUCCAAACGGCUUGCCGGGACCAGGAAAUAGGCAGCCACGGAACCAAGGGCCAGGCUGUGGUCUGGGAAGACGGACCAGAGGGGAUGACCAGGGUGCCCACUGGCCACUUCCCUCACCUUCCCGCCUCUGCCUGAACACUGAGCAAAGCCGCAUCCCUGCCCACCUUAAGCAGGUCCUAUUUCAAGGGAACCAAAGGGCAGGACCAGAGAGGAACUGCUCCCCAGCCUCCUCCACUGGCACAGGUCCGGGCUUCAGGAAGCAGGCGGGAGAAAAGCCUGCAAGAGGGAGUCCUCAGGGCAAGCACACAGGAGCAGAGAUCAAGUGAAAUAGUCUCACCGACAAAGAUGUCUUUGGAGGAGAUGAAAGAUCUUCACCUGGAGGAGAAAUACCUGCAACCGGAAACCAAGGAAGUGAACGGAAUUCUCAUGACCAAGAUGAUAAGCGAUAACUGGGACAAAAUCUGGAAUUUUCAAGCCAAGCCUGAUGACCUUCUCAUUGCAACCUACGCAAAAGCAGGCACCACCUGGACCCAGGAGAUCGUGGACAUGAUCCAGAACGACGGGGAUCUGCAGAAGUGCCAGCGGGCCAACACCUUUGACCGGCACCCUUUCAUCGAGUGGGCGCUCCCCCCACCCCUCAGCUCAGGUCUGGAUCUCGCCAACAAGAUGCCUUCUCCGAGGACUCUGAAGACGCACCUGCCUGUUCAGAUGCUCCCCCCUUCCUUCUGGAAAGAGAACGCAAAGAUCAUCUACGUGGCCAGGAAUGCCAAGGACUGCCUGGUAUCCUAUUACCAUUUCUCAAGAAUGAAUAAGAUGGUGCCAGACCCUGGCUCCUGGGAGGAGUAUGUCGAGACCUUCAAAGCUGGGAAAGUGCUGUGGGGCUCCUGGUACGACCACGUGAAGGGCUGGUGGCACGCCAAGGACCAGCAUCGCAUCCUCUACCUCUUCUACGAGGACAUGAAGGAGGAUCCAAGGCGGGAAAUUCGGAAGAUCCUAAAGUUCCUGGAGAAAGAGGUGUCGGAGGAAGUUCUGGACAAAAUCAUCCAUCACACGUCCUUUGAGGUCAUGAAGGAGAACCCGAUGGCCAACUAUACCACGCUGCCCACCAGCAUCAUGGACCACUCCAUCUCCCCCUUCAUGAGGCGAGGUGCACAAGGGAGGGAUGGAGAGAGGGAGCGAGGGAGGCCCACACGCUCAGAGGUUGGACAGGACUCCAGGCCCUUUCUGUUUCCCAGUCAUGCUUCCAGCUCCCGCACUCAUGCUGUCGGCAACACUCCCAACAGUGUCUGAGGAGCAGACCCCAUAAUCCGCCCUGUGCCAGCCCCUGGGUGCAUCCUCACCCAACCCUCUCCCCAGACUCACUGACAUUUCGCCUCCUUGCAGGAAUGCCUGGGGACUGGAAGAACUACUUCACGGUGGCUCAGAAUGAGGACUUUGACAAGGACUACGAGAGGAAGAUGGCUGGGAGCACCCUGACCUUCCGCACGGCCCUCUGAGUUUCCGGACCCAGCGAGGCCUCCUCACUGACUUUAGACAUGUGAGCCUCACCAUCAGGAUGCUGAAAACAAUGACUCCCUCCCUUUCGUCCUGACCUUUGCAUGCUGUCUGCAGAUCCCAUGUCCCAAGAUACACAAAAUACAAUCAAACGCUGAGUAGAAAGAAGUUUUAAGUUAAAUUGCUCAGUGGUUCACAGAGGCUCAGCCAUGUAAGGAGCUGGAGCAAAGUAAAUACACGACUUAAUCCCAACAUUAGAUCAUAGCACCUGGUGAGCCUCCCAGGGUCAAGGCUAGAGGAAAGAGAAAAAAGGUCCAGCCCAGAGCUUCAACACAAGAGAGAUGCAAAGAGAUGAGGAGUGGGCCCUGGAGAACGUGAGAGGGAUCAGGUCUUAUCCCCUGAGAUCCAGAGCGAGAGCCUGAGAGGGCCUCACUCACAGAGACUCCAAGCCUCAAGGCUCAGGGCCUGGAGGGGUGUGGGGAGUGGGGUCUGAGGCUCAGACUGAGACACAGAUGGUCCCAAGUCCAGGGACCAAACCAUAAGGAUCUCAGAGCAAAUAUAGGCCAGAAAACCAGGGAGGCUUUAUUGAUAAAUUCCAGGUAGACUUCUUGGAGAGAGGAAAUAAGCCCUGAAUUAGCCCAAGAGAAAUGAAAUAGAAGAGAACAGCCAGCACCAUGGGCACCUACCU